CUCUUGCGGCAGGGUUAAGCUCAACAUGGCCCCCGUCCGAAACAACAGCAGCGGAGCGGGCAGAAGGGACAACAUCUAUGGAGACAGGUCUAAUAGAAGGACACGGAAGCCCCUGUUAGAAAAGAAGAGAAGGGCGCGCAUCAAUGAAAGUUUACAAGAACUCCGAGUUCUCAUCGCGGACGCCGAUGUAAAAAUGGAGAAUGCUGAAGUGCUUGAGAUGACGGUGAGGCGCGUGGAGAGUAUCCUACAAAACAGGGCACAUGAAGUGGAUGCAGUGAACCGAGAGGCAUGUGAACGGUUUGCGGCUGGCUACAUUCAGUGCAUGCAUGAUGUGCACACAUUUGUGUCCAGUUGUCCCGGCAUAGAGCCCUCAGUGGCCACCGAGCUCCUUAACCACCUCCUGGAGAGCAUGCCCCUGAACAACGAGGACCGACUCAGGCUCCUAGUGCCAGACAGCCUGGCAGAGCUGUCCAGCUGGUCCCUGAAUGAGAUCCUGUGUUCGGGCCUGGUCUCCCCUGCUCCCUCCACCACCACCUCUGAUGACCUCUGCUCAGACCUGGAGGAGACAGAGUCCGAGCACAGCCAUGUCUCUUCAUCAGAGGAGUCAGAUGUGCUAUGCUUAUCUCCCUAUUACUCCAAGUCAAUGUGGAGGCCCUGGUAGACUGUUCUUGUACGGCAGAUAGAUACUGCUACGUAGUUUUAGCAUUUAGAACAUUUCUCUUGAGCUGUCGCAUGGUAUAGACCUGAAAGGCAUCAUAGAAGCUCUUUUGAAUAUUUCUAUUUUAGAAAUGUAUAAUAAAUGUUACUAGACUUGCUUUGCAAAGAUCUAAACUUGUACGGUUCUUCGUUUGGAAGAGAAAGAGCAGACUGUGUAUAUAUGUUUAUGUUAUUUAGGAUGUAUUAUAGAUUCCUGUACAGCUAGAUGUUAAAUGUUCCCUGUGUAAGAUAUUGUCUCAUUAGCUUCUUUUAGUUUGUAUUUAUACAUGAAAUGAGUUUGUGACAUAAGUUAAUAGGCUACCUCAAAAUUUGCCUGUG